AUGACCCUCCUACCCCUCUUGUGUUCGAAAACAAUGUAUGAUAGUAAAAAUGUUGACUACGGAUAUAAAGAAAAAGAAAAAAGACUAAAUUUUUUUUUAUCAAAUGAAAAAUAUAUUUCCGCAAAUAGUAGUACUUAUAAGAAUAUAGAGCAAAAAAAUUUAGAGAAAUGUGAACUGGCAUCAAUUCUACUUGACAACUUCAGUACGUUUGAGCAGAUUAGUUUAAUAGAAGAAGGAAAGUAUUCAAAUGCGAAAAUAUCGAAUGAUUUAAAUUUACUUAGUUGUGAUGAUAAAAAUUCUGGAAAGUACUCCACACAUAGCAAUUCCACCAACAGAGGAGCUAUUUUCGACUUACAUAAUUUUCGAGCAAAAAAGGAUAAUGGAAUACAUUUUAGUAACACCUCUUCAUGUGAUAUUAUCACCAGGGGUAGCGACAGGUAUAGCAGUAGGGACCGUAGCGAUAGCAUCCAAAGGGGUAUUAAUGCUAACUAUGGAAAUAACGAGUGUGCAGAAAAUUUUUGCAUGGAGGUAGAUAGUAACUAUGAAAGGAUCGAGGACAAGAGUGAACUUGUCUGCAGUAAGGAAAUAACUCCAGAAGUAAAUAAUGGUAAAGAUGGUGGAGAUAAAAGUUAUAACGACCAAUGGACUGUUUAUGAAGAUACUUUCCUUAGUAAUAUAGACAUAGCAGAUCUUUGCAAAUAUUUUGAACAAAAUAAUUUUGAAAGACACAAGUGUCAAAAUGUAAAGAAACAUAGUAAAGAAAAGAAGAAAGAAAACAUGUUUAGCCAUAAGUUGAGUAAUAAAAAACGUGGCAACAAAAGUAAUAGUAGUGAAAGGCAUAUAUUCGAUUUGACUCGUAGAGAGAAAAAGGAGUUGGGGGAAGAUAAGAAAGAGAAUUGUCAACAGGCUAAUAAUAAAAAUAUUAAAAUAAUAAAGAAGAACAGUUAUGGAGAUAAAAAAGUCUAUUAUGAGAAACGAUUAAAAGAGCAAACGUUGUUACAUAAAGAGGAAAAGGAAAAAAUGAAAAAAAUUUAUGAAAUGCAAAUAUACGAAAUUAUGGAAAAUUAUAAAAGAGAAGAAGAAAAAAAGAAAAUGUUAAUAAAUAAUAUUUACAAUAAAUAUAUGAAUAUGAAAAAUGAGCUAAUAAAAGAAACAAAUGACAAAAAAAAUUUGCAAGAUAUGAACGAAAAUUUAAAAAACGAAUUGAAAACAAUGGAUAUAUAUCCACUUGAAAAUAAUUUGUUAAAUAGCUAUAAGAACAAAAUAGAGGAUUAUAUUUUUUUAUCCAAAAAUAAAGACAUAAAAAUAAAAAAUCUGGAAAAUGAAAUAAGUAAAAUAAAAAAAUGUUUAGAUCAAGUCGAAAAAAAAUACUGCCAAAUUUCUGAAGAAAAAAAAAAUUUGCACGAAAUGAAUGCAUUACUAAGAAAGGAUAACAUACAUUUACAAAAGAGACUGGAAAAUUUAAAAAAUGAGAAAAAUGAAAUGGGCCAAGUCCUCUUUUAUAAAGAUUUGAAAAUUAAUCAUUUCUUGAGCAUAUUAAACGUGCUGGAUGAAGCUAUAAUGUCUGAUAGUACCUGCUCAAGUGAAAAGCAGCAGAAAAAAGAAAAACAAGAAACGACGAAUGUUAAAGGGACGAAAAAGGGAGAAAAAGGCGAAAAAACAGAAACGGAUGCCAUCAGAAGCAUGAACAAAAAAAUUAUAAUAAAAUCAAUUGUACAUAAAAUAAAAGAUUUAAACAAAAAAAUUAAAAAGCACGAAAAAGUACUCAGCAGUUCUGAUAAUAAGGUGAGUCAUCAUAUCUUACAGAUUAAUAACAGAACAUCACAGUCAAAUAAUAGUACUAUUGAUGAAGUGAAAAGAGAUAAGGAACUAAUUGACAACUACUUUAAUUGUACAAAUUAUAUUUUAAAUGAAAAUGAAACAAACAUGCCGCGGGAAGACGAAGGUCAAACAACGUUUUUUACGAACACUGACUCGAAAGGUGCAACUGAACUUUCAAAAAAUAGUUCCGAUCAACAUGCGCAAACUCAAAAUGAAGAAAAUAUCAGUGUUGUUCUGAACAAGCAAGAACAGGCAAAAAUGGGAGGUGGGAAAUUUUCGAUACUACGGUGA